UCAGGAUCGAUGGUCAUGUGAAACUGAUACUGAAAUCACGAACCUCAUUGCUGGUUAUAAGAAUAAGCUCAUCCUCGGCACACGCAUGCUGCUCCGUCAUCCAAAAACCGCUUUCAGACAAUGUGUUCGUUCUAAAAACUGUUCUGAAAUUAUUGGCCAUUACUUGGUUCACCGAGCCAUAGAUGAUGCAUAUAUCAGCAUAGACCGACGCCAGUCGUCUACUUUCCAUUUCUCCAGCUACUCAGGUAAGCAGGCCCUUUUCUUUAGUCCUUUCAUUUCUUAUUACUACCAAUUUAUGAGCAGAUCUGCAAAAAGAAUACACAGAAUCAGGAUAUUCCCAUCGUUUGCCGAUCAUCGAUCGCUUUGAUGUGCUUCGUCAGUGGCUUGGAGUGUGUGACAAGCAGCAUUCAUGCAUGCAGGGAAGGCGUCAGGUCGUGCCAAAGCGCGUUAUUUUCGUUGGAACAGAUCAUUCAGAUCAGCUGCAACUCCAGGAGUCCGCGCACAUAACACAGCCAUUUGACUAUAUAACGCUAUCGCACUGCUGGGGCAAGCCGACCGAUGAGGAGAUGGAGCAAUUCCGUACCACACGUCGGAACUACCAGGAACGACUAGAAGGGUUCAGCUAUCACAGCCUUCCAAAAGUUUUCCAGGACGCUAUUACGGUGACCCGAGAAUUGAACAAGCAGUAUCUUUGGAUUGAUGCUCUCUGCAUCAUUCAAGGUGACCAGAAAGACUGGGAGGAGGAAGGUGCAAGAAUGGACAAAGUAUUUGCCUCUGCAUACUGCACGAUCGCGUCAAGUUCAGCAUCCGGUUGGAAUGAUGGCUUCCUCAACCGCACUCAGGAUCUCUGUCAAUCAGAGGUAGUCAAUUCCGAUCAAAAGAUCGUUGAUGACUUUUGUAAGCUUGUUGAUGAAGGCCAACUGCAUACACGAGCCUGGGUGUUGCAAGAAAGAGCGCUUUCCCGCCGAACUAUCUAUUUCACUGCGCAACAGACAUACUGGGAAUGUGGAGAGGGAGUUCGUUGCGAGAAUUUUAGCACAUUAGAAUGUCCCAUUACUAGAUUAUACCUACUUGACCCACGGUUUCCUGAGCGGCUCGUAUUCGCAGGUUAUAAAUCGGCAGCCUUGUUUCUCCAAGAGCUUAUCACGGACUACUCUCGUCGUGAUCUUACCUUUCCGAAAAAGGACAAGGUAGUUGCAUUUUCCGGCAUAGCUGAGCGUAUUAAGGAAGCUCUAGCUACUGAAGUCAGAUACGGUGUCUUCCGUUGCUUUCUUCCUCGGCUCCUCUUGUGGAAGCGGGCUGGAAUGGAGAAUGAUCGAAUUUAUUACGACGAUGAUCGUGUGCCGUCGUGGUCUUGGAUGCUUUAUAAUGGUAAAAUUGACUUUCUGACACAAUCGGAUCUUCAAGUCCCAAGGAACCAAAGCCUAAGCUUUGACAACUCCGAGCGCGGCAUCAAUAUUGAAGUUCGACAAUUUGAAGGUUGUUAUACGCGAGAGAGGGAUGGAGAGCAUAUAAUAUUCACCAAGACAAAGAAGGUCGAAGUUACAACGGAAGUUGAAGCUACGAAGGAAGUCGAAGUCGGCAUCCUACAUUUCGACAUGGGUUCGGCGGCCGAGGUUGAGUCUCGAAACUGUGUCGUCAUCGCAAUGUGUCAAGAUGACGAUAAGGAUGACCCUAACAAGGAUUACUAUAUACUUGCCGUUCAAAGAACAUCAGGAGAGGAAGAGUAUGAAAGGCUGGGAGUUGGGCGAGUGCGAGCAUGCUACGUCUCGAAAGGAAGUACUUCUGGGAAGCUUGUGUGACCUGGCCGUUUCCCUCUUUUCCCUGUCAUUAGACAAAAGCAGCACGAUAGUACGAGGACUCUUUUGUUGCUCAAGUUGAACGAACCGAAGUGAAUUUAGACGAAGAUUCCUGGUGUUCAGCAGAUAGUUAGACAAAAGGCAGACCAUCAAAGGUAUUUCGGGUUAGUACUGUAUCUCAUUUCUGCUUGCCAUGAAGACCCCACUUGCUCUGGGGUAAAUCAACGGUUGGGGUCUCUCAUACAUAACAAUAAGAGCAUGGUGUAAUCGAAUCAUUCCCGUUUCUGUUCGCCGUCUCUUGUAAUUCCCGUGCA